AUGAUGCAAAACUCCCCAGACCCGGAGGAGGAACUCGAUGAGGAUGACAAUGAUCUGGAAGAGAUUUCCACUCACUCUGACUCCAUCCUCUUACAGGAGAUGCAGGCCUUGAGCAAGACCUUCAACAAUAAUUGGACCGCUGAGGGACUUCAACACAUGAGCCGAGAGGAGCUGACCCAGCUGCUGGAGCGCGUGGAGCGAGCCAUCUGCGACUACUCGGAGGAGCUGGUGCAGCAGCUGGCUAGACGGGACGAGCUGGAGUUUGAGAAGGAGGUGAAGAAUUCCUUCAUCACGGCUCUCCUGGAGGUCCAGAACAAGCAGAAGGAACACAGGGAGCUGGUGAAGAAAAGGAGGAAAGAGAAAGGACUGAGCCUGCAGAGCAACCGCUCCGAGCGACACGGCCAGAUGCCCAUGAAGCGUUUCAGCAUGGAGGGAAUCUCCAACAUCCUGCAGACGGGAAUCAGACAGACGUUUGGGAAUUCUGGGAAUGACAAGCAGUAUUUGAACACCGUCAUUCCGUACGAGAAGAAAGCCACGCCCCCAUCGGUGGAAGACCUGCAGAUGCUGACAAACAUAUUGUAUGCAAUGAAAGAAGACAGUGAAAAGGUUCCCAUGUUAUUAACGGACUACAUUUUAAAGGGUAAGUCAUUUCUGUGUAGUCCUCAUUCUGGACAGCUUGGCUUGAUGUGCGUGUCACUUACCCAUUGGGGCUGA